GCUGUGUUUAGUACAGCCAGUGCUGAACUGUUAUGAUGUGUCAAUAAGUUAAAAAGGUGGACGGCACCAAUGAUGAGAGGUCCCCCCCGGCACUUGAGCAGGAUAUUAGAGGUCAUCGUCAUUGCAUGAAAAAGGCUGUGGGAGAUUCAUCUUCAUCACUCAUACAACAUUUCCAUAGUUUUUUCUUCAGUGCGGUAGUACCAUGAAGGGUGGAGGAAGGGGUAAGGAGCCACCUGUUGCAGGGGAGGUCACUGGCAAGCGCCCCAAACGCAAGUGCCUGCAGUGGCACCCACUUCUCCAAAAGGCUCUGGAUUUCUCUGAGGAGGAAGAAGAGGAGGAUGAAGAGGAGCUGGAGAAGCAGCCAGUGGUGUGUGGCCAGGAGCAGGGGUCGCAGGUGCAGUGUGCAAGCACAACAGAGGAAGUUGAGGAGGACUCGAAUGAACAGCGGGCCCGGCGGCCAAUGAAUGCCUUCCUCCUCUUCUGCAAACGCCACCGCUCCCUGGUGCGGCAGGAGCACCCUCGCUUGGAUAACCGUGGGGCCACCAAGAUCCUGGCUGACUGGUGGGCUGUGCUGGAGCCCAAAGAGAAGCAGAAAUACACUGACAUGGCCAAGGAGUACAAGGAUGCCUUUAUGAAGGCGAACCCGGGCUACAAGUGGUGUCCCACCACCAGCAAGCCAGUUAAGAGCCCUUCCUGUCAGCCAGUCACCAAUCCCCGCAAAAUUUGGUCCUUCUCCUCCAACUCAACCAAGGACUCCACCACUGCCAAAAAAGUGCCCAAAACUGACAGCAUGCAACAGAUAAACUUUGCAAUGGCAGAUCCUACAAAGAUGGGAGGCUUAAGCAUGCUGCUGUUAGCUGGGGAACACGCCCUCACAAACAGAGAGAUCCCUUCCAGCACUAAACCCAGUUUACCUGACACAGCCAGCGAAGGGAACUCCUUUCCAGGGGAUGAGGAAGAAAUGUUGUCUGGGACCGUACCGAACAGAGUGCCUGACAGUACUGAAAGGAGUGUGAAGUCUGCCCACUCACCACUGGCUGAGUCCUCUGUCUCGGCGCCACCUGAAGGGAAACCAUGCAGACAGUCUGCUCUAUUCCAGCUUGCUGAGAUGUGCUUAGCAUCUGAAGCUGGAAAGAUGGACACAGCGGUAUCCCAGCCUGAUGACAUCUCCUCUGCAGCCUCUCUCCAGCAAGUCAAGCCAGAGGUCAAGGAGGAGAAAGCCGACAGUGACGACUGUCCUCUCUCCUCUCAGACAUCAGCCCUCUUACCUUUGCGCUCCUCUGUCACUUCUACCUCCACUGAUGCCAUUCCCCCCCAACUCAGCAGCCAAAAUGCACGUGUCAAAAACAAGAGCAAGAAAAAAGAGGUGGCCAAGUCAAAUGAUAACGAUGAGCUCCCUUGCUCAGCAAAGAAAAUCAUCAAGAAGUGUAAUCAUGCAGAGUCAAAUGUGGACAGUGUUUUCAGUACAAUUGAGGCAGUGGCCAAAGGGGCUUGGAAGGACACAGAGGAGAAGUCCAAGAAGAUAAUUCAGAGCAGUUCUUGUGGUGGAAACUCUGCUGUGCUCAAAAAGAAGAGUAAGCCCAAAGUCAAGACCUUCCAAGAAAUCGAGGAGGAGAUGGAGGACGAGUGUGGGCAGUACACUUCUUCAGAGGUACAAAUGAAGGAAGAGAUGACUGACGUCAGUCCCGAUGCAGAAGCUGUAGAAGACAGUACAGGAAGCACUGACCCUCAGGGCAGCAUGGAAGAACCCCAACACUCCCCAUGCAGCCCCUCACCUACUAAGCUCAGAGAGGAAGACAAGAGGAAGGAGAGGUCGAGUGAAGGGACCUGCGACUCCAACACGGAGAACCAUGGCUCCAGGAAAUCAGAGCGCAGCUGUAAAGGCGCCUUGUAUAAAACCCUCGUUUCUGAGGGGAUGCUGACUUCACUGAGAGCCAAUAUUGAUCGAGGUAAACGAGGUGCUUUGCGUGCUUCUGAUCAUGAUGCAAACUGGAGUGAUGACAGCUGGUCAGUUUCUCAGAUAGGACCUAAUAACCCCAAGAAGCUGAAAAAGUCCAAGUCCAAAGAUGAAUGUUCACAGAGCCUCGGGAAACUGGAGGAGGAGUUUGAAAGGAAGUUUAACAGCCUGCCACAGUACAGCCCAAUGACAUUUGAUAAGAAGGGGACUACCAUCGCAAAGAAGAAGAAGACCGACAGCUCCAUUGUCCCAGAGGAAGUCUCUAAAGCCGGGAAAGGUCCAUCCCCAUCUCAGAAAAAGACUUCAUUCCACAAGAUUGUUAGGAAGCACAAACACAAAAAGGAGAAACCAGGUGCAGUGGACAAAGUGGCACAGAGUGAUUCCAUCAUGCUGGAUUCAGCUUCAAAAGCCAAAUCAUGUGCCCCCAUUGCCAUAAUGUGCCCAGAUGUCCAGAACACCACUACCAUGGAGAUGCUAGUUGGUAGCCAGAAGAGGAAGGCAAGGAAGACCAAGAUCACACACUUGGUACGCACAGCUGACGGCAGUGUCUCUCCAGUUGAGGAGGAAAAAACUAGGGACCAGAACCAGGAAGAGGAUAAGAAGCCAUUACCCCAACAGAAUUUAUGCAAUGAAAAAGGGUACUACAGUAAUCCCAGAGCAGAGGAGGCAGAGAGGAGCGCCGUACCACAAGAGCUACCUGCUUUCUUUAGUUUGGCAGCCCUCGCUGAGGUAGCAGCCAUGGAAAACGUUCACAGAGGCCAGAGAGGCUUGGCUGAGAAUCAGAAGAAUGAGCUUUCCCAGACUCCAGUCCUCAUCUCCUGCGCUGAUCAGUGAAACUUUGCUGCUGUGAGGAGAAGCCACAACAUGGACAUUGGGAGUGGAGCUUUACUUUCCUCAGUAGUAACCCUACACUGAAGGGAGACUUAUUGAGGGAACUUUGGACAGACUCUACCUUACCCUUGUGUUGAAUUGUUUCGAGCUCGGGUUCAUGGACGGGAAAAGGCCCUCUCCUCCUCCACCCUGUUCCUCUCUAUCUCAGUGUUUUCCCCGAAAGCCUUCCUUUGGCUUGAGGGAGGAUGCCUUUCUGAACUCCUCUCUCCCCCCUUAGAUGCUGUGUUUGGGUCUGUGGGAGAACCAAGCUGUCCCCCAGUGCAUGGCUUCCCUUAUAGAGAUGGUUGUCAUGGGUUUGUUGUACACCGUUUUGUCAAAUAGAGGCCAUUUUUAAGGUCAAGUCUUGCGAUUUAAAAAAUAGCAUUUUAGGUAGGGCAAAAAACCCAACACUGCAUUCGUUUUAUAGACAAACACAGCUUUCUGUCACCUUUUUACCUCACACUCACGCCUACUGAAGAGUUCCCUCCACCUCUGAUAGAAUACCUCUGUAUUUGAAUAGUUCUUAUCCCUUCCAAUCCUUCCAGCUUCAACCCAAAAUGACUGUAACCAGGGUAAAUGAUCAUGGUGGAUCGACUUUUAUUACCAACUACUUGCUUAGUGUUUUCCUGUGGUACACUAAUCUGGUGUACUCAAACUACGAAGAAAUCAUGUUUGAGUAUUUGAUAUCUAAGUUAUGAUGCUACUGUAAAACAGUAUGUGGUAGCUAUGAAUAAUUAUGUUAGACUGAAUGUGUAAGAGUAGGCCUGUGCAUACCUUUGCAUCUGAACUAGAGUUGAAUAUAGCUGAGGGUGUUUGUUUGUCCUGCUUAUCCAUAGUUUGCAGUGUCCCUUUCAGGCUUAUGAGACAGUAGCUCAGCUUAAAAACUUCUUCUUGUGAUGGGGAGGUUGUGUGAAAGUGAUUCAAAUAUAGCCUUAACCCUCCCACCCAGACCUAGAACCAGCUUUUUGCUCAAUGCCAUCACCGUCAUAAAGUCAGUGUAAACAUUUUUGAAUAGUGAAAUGCAGUUUUGUCAAUAUUUGAUCUUAUUGCAGUUUGCGUAGCAAUUAGAAAGGUUAAUUCCUUGUGUGAAACUUAUUUUAUGGAAUAGGUGUUUUUUUAAUUACAUAAACACUGCACUAAUUUGUAGCUGAAGUUUGAGUUGCUCUUGAAAGGAGAGUGAAAUGCCUCGUCUCCAGCAGUCAGUGUUCUUACAACAUAACCUCUCCAUAGUGUCUUCAAUGUCCUCAGGACCACAAGCUCCAAGAUAAAAGGUCAGAAGUUUGUUAAUCAAAAUGGAGUAUUUCUUUCAUAAUAUAGUUUUAUACUACAUGUCUCAUAAAAUGAGCUAUUUGAAAAAAAACUCAACACAAUAAAAAAGAAAAUGUUUUUUUUUCUUCUGAUUUCGUGCAGAAACAAAAUAUGGAUUUAAUGUGUUAAAAUCAGACCAUGCUAUGCUAUAGUUUAUCACAGAGCUAAUGGAGACGAGGCAUUUAAUAACAAUUUCCUCCAUUUUUGUUCUAUCGGCCUUUUUGAGAUUUCUUUGCCAAGUAAUGGUCUACUCAGAGGUCACAUGUAAUCAAUAUUUUUAUUUUUAGAAGUAUUUAUAUUUAGAUGCAACUUUGUGUUCUUUAUUUUUGGUUUUGUUAAUGUUUUGGUCCGAAUCAUUCCAUUUCCGCGCCUCUGUCUUGGACAUACUUUUGUUUACAGUUAAUCAGCUGUAGUAGUGAGGAAAGAAAGGAAGGAUGUAGUUCAGCUGCAGGUUUGUUGUCUUCCCAAGGGUUGGUGCAUGGAGGGUAACUGAGGGCGACACAGACUGCCCAGCAAUACCCCUCCUUACCUAGCAGCCUUUUGUUCCUCUGUGUAGACCAAUACUUAAUUUAUCACAUUUUAGAUCCACAUUUAUAACUUUUAUAGCUCUUUGUUUUCUAUUUAAUCGUUCUUCUGUUAAAGUGUGUGCAUUGCUGAUGCUCUUUUAACUAGGUCCCCUUUAUGCUUUUUCCUGAGGUAAAGUUUACUGGAUUAAGAAUGUUGUCAAACAAGAUCAAGCUCAUAGACGAUGAAUGCAUCUAUGCUUAGCUACUAAGCAAACAGGCACUGAGAUAAAAUGCACAUUCUCCAGACAGUGAGCUUGUCUCGUCACCUCUGGAGGUGUGUAUUUCACUGCGACUGCAUCACCAUUUCUUGGAUAUGGGUUUAGGAUGCGUUCAUGAUUACAAAUAAAAAUGAAUGGGUCUUCGAGAACUCAUGCAUCUUGAAAUAGAGCAUUUUUGCUGUAUCAAAGCAUUGUUACACGGUAAUAAUGUUUUGCUUGUGUAGGCCAUUGCGUGCAAAUAGUACAGUGUAUGCAAUACAUCUAUAAUUCCUCUCUAAAUUUGUCCUAAUUAUCUAACAAACAAACUGCAAAUGUUUCCCAGUUAAGCUUAAGGGAACCACAUUAUGCUUUAGGAUAAUCUUUCAAAUUUAAUGGUAUAUCUAUUUUUUCAGAUAUGAGAAAAGUUACAUUAAAGAUGAUAUAAUCCAAGCAGUAAACUGUAUAGUUCUUCCAUCAGUGGACAUCAGUGUGAUUCUUUGCAAAGACAAAGAAAUUGUCUUCCCCCAACAUAGAGAUAUAUUUGCUUAUAGCAAGUGAGUUUAUUGACAUUUGCCAAAGAAAAGGGAAAGUUAUAUUUAAUGGAAAUCCUGUUUUAAAAGAAGUAAAAAGCUGGCAUAACAGUUGCACUGCAUUCCUAGGUUUGUAAAUCUUCAGGUAACAAUAUCAGCACAAUUCAUCCUGUGUAUCAAUGGGAUUUCCUUGAUGUUUGAGCCCAGAGUUGGGAUGAAGUGCAACAAAAGGGCACUACUCAAUGCCUCUUUUAAUACACAGUAUUUGCACCUUAUGACCCAAACCAAAAUGAACAUGGUCUUUGAAGAAAAUAUAUAAUUUUUACCCACUCUAUGGAAAUUAUGCAUUUUAACUAUAUAUGCGAGAAUCCAGUCAAUAACAAAUCCACACAUCUACCAAACAGCCAUAAUACUGUCAUUUCCCCAUUCCUUCACUUUUUCUAUCUAGAAAAUGCUUCUAUAAAGUUGAAAUUCCUAUAUUAGUUACCUAAAUGACUAUAAUACCCUUUUGUGCUAGUACUGUCUUCUUGAAUGUAAUCAUUUUGUACCUGUAUUUUUCUAAUUCAGUCUUGAUUGUACUGGAUGUAUGCUAUGAUGGUAUACUGUUCCUGAGGUGCAUAGUUUGUUACAACUAACAGUUCUCAUGACAGGAUAGCUGCUGUGCUGCGAACUCAAUGGAAAUAUAUGGAGGUUUUUAAGUCCAAAAAACUUACUGUACCAUGUGAGCGUCAAUGAGACUGAUGACUGAGAGAUUCUUGCAUUUUGAGUGGUGGGACAAUAGCUUUCCCUGGUUUGCUACUUAUUUUUUCCUUUGCAGUAAAAGUGAAAGUCUGAUCAGGACAGUUUAUAAAACAAGGACGCUCCUGCAAUCAGAUAGAACAAUUGAAUGCUUGAGUUUCAACUUAUUUAUUACUGUUCCUUUUUAUAGGUUUAGUUGAAUAAAAAAACAAUAAAAUAUACAUCUGAAUAUGCAUCCAUCUAUACAUGUAUGAGAUAAUCUACCCUUUACUGGAAUGUAGAUCAUGGCUUCCUUUUUGGGGUUUUUGUGAAGAAUAGGUUAUGCCAGUUUUUUUAAAGUCUCUGAUAGUUUGUACAACAUGUGCUUAAUCUAAUUUAUGCUACUGGUAAUCAUCAUGACCGAUGUGUUCUUUUGAUUGUUACAGCCCAGUGGUUAAAUGCAGCCUUGCCUUACUGGAACCCCUGCUUAGUGAGGGAUCCCUCCACCAGCCACCCACCCAACCUCCCGACCCCACCCAACCUCCCUACCCCACCCCACCCACAACUCCUAUGUCAUAACACUGUUUGCUGAUGCAACUAUUAUUCCUUUUACACGUUAUGCUGACGCCAACUAUUACUUCUUGAACACCCAUUAAAUACAUCUAUUGCA